AGGAGUUGAAGUGAGCGAGCGAGGAGGGAAGGAAGGAAGGAAGGAAGGAAAGAAGGGAGACUAAAUCCUCAGACGAGUUCCAUCCUGCCGCACACGCACACGGAGGACGGACGACAAGGUGAGAAGAAGCAACUCUGUUUGGAAAAAAACAAGAAGAAGAAGAAGAACUCAACAGGAUGAGAAGCUGCGAGUGUUCUGCUGUCACUUCUCCACCCUGACCUCCAACAUCUGGACCACACGGAGCUGCUGCGCACGCAUCCUCCUCUCCUCGCCUGUUCAACACCUGCGCAGGUGGAAGGCGGGAACUUAGCGCGCUUCCCGCGGACGUGACCCGCACCUGGAUGGGGGUGGACCCGCGGGGAAGUGGAGCGGUGGAGGUGUUAGCGGGGCGCGCAUUGACUCCCCUCGUCCCGUCCGCCGGAACCCGGGAGUAAAAGCGCGGGAAGGCAAGGGGACUUCCAUGCGUCUUCCCGGUGGGGGUGCGCGCGCAGGAGGACGCCGGAGGAGGAUCUCCGCUCCGACAAGUGACCGCAGCGGCUUCGGGAGGCGGGAUGGAGCGGCGGGGGGGCUAACGCUGGAUGUCCGUGGGAAGCGCAGGCAGUAGGGUGCCAACAUGGCCUCUCCCCGGGCGCACCCUCCGUGUCCCUUCCUGCUCCUCCUCGUCUUCCUGGGCGCCCUCCGCGCCCGGCCCCUCCUCCAGCACUCGUCCAUCAACGUGGCGGUGGUGUUCAGCGGCUCCGGCUACCAGAGCGAGGUCCGAGGGCGGCUGAGCGGCGAGAACUUCGUGGACCUGCCGGUGGUGGUGAGCCCCGUGACGGUGCUGGUCAACGACACCAACCCCCGGGACCUGCUGACCCGCCUCUGCGACGCCAUGGCCACGGAGAAGCUGCACGGCGUGGUGUUCGAGGACGACGUGGGCUCGGGCGCCGGCGCGCAGGUGGCCGAGGUGGCGCAGAUCCUGGACUUCCUGUCCACUCAGACCGCUCUGCCAAUCGUGGGCAUCAGCGGCGGCUCGGCGGUGGUCAUUCCGUACAAGACCGAGGGGUCGUCCUUCCUGCAGAUGGGGGCGUCCCUGGAGCAGCAGGUCCUCUGCAUGUUUAAGCUGAUGGAAGAAUACGACUGGGGCGAGUUCGCCAUCAUCACCAGCUUGCUUCCAGGAUACGACACCUUCGUGGACAUUGUGGAGGCCUACACCGACACUUCCUACUUCCUGUGGCACCUUCAGGACAUCCUGUCCAUGGAGAUGUCCGUCGGCGCCAACGACGCCAGAGCCAAACGUAUCUUGCAGCAGGUGGACUCCCAGGUGCUGCUGGUCUACUGCUCCUUCGAGGAGGCCCACUUCCUGUUCCGCCAGGCGACCGAGGCGGGCCUGGUGGGACCGGGCUACAUCUGGAUCCUCCCCAGCCUGGCUGUGGGCAACCCCGAGAUCCCGCCGCCCGCCAGCUUCCCCGUGGGCGUGAUCGGCGUCAUCACCGAGCAGUGGAGGAAGAGCCUGAGGCAGCGAGUCAGGGAGGGCGUGGCCAUCGUCGCCAAGGGCGCCGAGAGCUUCAAAAAGCAGCAGGGCUUCAUCCCCGAGGGACACGGCGACUGCAGCAAGACCGCUAAACACUCCGCCAACAAUACUCUCUUCAGACACAUGCUGAACGUGACGUGGGAGAGGCGAGACCUGUCCUUCAACAGCCAAGGCUUCCUGUCCAACCCGUCUCUGGUUAUCAUCGCCCUGGACCGAGAGCGAGUGUGGGACAAGGUGGGCACCUACGCCCGGGGCAUCCUGCAGGUGCGCUACCCCGUCUGGCCUCGCUACGGCAACUUCCUGGAACACGUGACCGAUGACCGCCACCUGACUGUGGCCACGCUGGAGGAGCAUCCCUUUGUCAUCGUGGAGAAUGUAGACCCGGGCACCGGCACCUGUGUCCGCAACACCGUGCCCUGCAGGCGCCAGUCCAACCACACCGAGAGCAUCAUCGGACACUCCGAGUCGUACACCAAGCUGUGCUGCAAGGGGUUCUGCAUCGACAUCCUGAAGAAACUGUCUCGCACCAUCAAGUUCUCCUACGACCUCUACCUGGUCACCAACGGGAAGCACGGCAAGAUGGUCCGCGGCAUUUGGAACGGAAUGAUCGGAGAGGUGUUCUACAGUCGCGCCGACAUGGCCAUCGGCUCCCUCACCAUCAACGAGGAGCGCUCGGAAAUCAUCGACUUCUCCGUGCCGUUCGUGGAGACGGGCAUCAGCGUCAUGGUGGCGCGCAGCAACGGCACCGUCUCCCCGUCCGCCUUCCUCGAACCCUACAGUCCGGCCGUCUGGGUCAUGAUGUUCGUGAUGUGCCUGACGGUGGUGGCCGUGACGGUGUUCGUGUUCGAGUACUUCAGUCCGGUCGGCUACAACCGCAGCCUGGUGAGCGCCAAAGCAUCGGGCGGCCCCACCUUCACCAUCGGCAAGUCGGUGUGGUUGCUGUGGGGCAUCGUCUUCAACAACUCAGUGCCCAUCGAGAACCCCAAGGGCACCACCAGCAAGAUCAUGGUUCUGAUCUGGGCCUUCUUCGCCGUCAUCUUCCUGGCCUCCUACACCGCCAACCUGGCCGCCUUCAUGAUCCAGGAGCAGUACAUCGACACCGUGUCCGGGCUCUCGGACAAGAAGUUCCAGAAACCGCACGAGCAUUACCCUCCUUUCCGCUUCGGGACGGUCCCGAACGGCAGCACGGAGAGGAACAUCCGCAGCAACUACCCCGACAUGCACACGCACAUGACCAAGUACAACCAGAAGGGGGUGGAGGAGGCGCUCGACAGCCUCAAGAACGGGAAGCUGGACGCCUUCAUCUACGACGCGGCCGUGCUGAACUACAUGGCGGGCAAAGACGAAGGAUGCAAGCUGGUGACCAUCGGCAGCGGCAAAGUCUUCGCCACCACGGGCUACGGCAUCGCCCUGCAGAAGAGCUCGCGCUGGAAGAGGCUCAUCGACCUGGCGCUGCUGCAGUUCCUCGGAGACGGAGACACUCAGCGCCUGGAGACGGUGUGGCUGUCGGGCAUCUGCCAGAACGAGAAGAACGAGGUGAUGAGCAGCAAGCUGGACAUCGACAACAUGGCGGGCGUCUUCUACAUGCUGCUGGUGGCCAUGGGCCUCAGCCUGCUGGUGUUCGCCUGGGAGCACCUGCUCUACUGGAAGCUGCGCCACUCGCUGCGCAAGUCGCGCAAGCUCGACUACAUGUUGGCCAUCAGCAGGGGUAUCUACAGUUGCUUCAAAGGAGUGGAGGAUCACGGCCGUUCAUCCGGUCUCGCCAAACCGGACCUGACGUCCAACUACACCCAAGCCAACAUGCUGAAGAUGCUGCGCACCGCCAAAGACCUAGUCUCCACCGCCAAUGUGGAGAGCUCCCUGGACAACGCCACCAAGACCAUCGAGCACUUGAGCCGGCACAGCUGUAACUUGCCCGUUCGUGUCCCGCACAUACCCACGGAUACCGUUCCGGGGGGAUUUGCGUAUGUCAUGGAGAACCACUUCCCGCAGAGGUCCGUCUCCCCCACUCUGGCCACCGUGACAUCGCUAAAACAGCAAAGGGGCGUGAGCAGACCCACGCCGCUGCGCUACACCCUCCCGACUCGCUCCACUUCCUGUUUGUACGAUCGCUUGCUUCCUGUCUCUAGCCUCAGCAGCCCCCACUUGGCGGUUAGCGAGACGCUCCCGCAUCAGCAUCCCCACCACUACCAGACCACUGGAAGACUCUAUGUAGACGCCCAACCGCGCUCGCCGUUUAUCUCCUACACCGACUUGCAGCUGCCUGACAUCUACACCUCCCAUCCCGUCUCCUUGGCCCAUAAGCAGCAAGCGGAAGGAGGCGUCUACCAGAGGAAAAGGAGGUCCAAGAGCUUCCAGUGUGGAGAUGGUGAUGCAGAGAGGAGAACAUUUCGGAAUCAUGAAAUGAUCGACCUUCCCGUCUGCCUUAGUGAGCUGAAAGCCAACCGCCUUCAGGACAAUCACAUCUCGGCGCCCAGCAUGGAAAGCAUCUACUCUGUGGAGGGCACGUGUCCUCAGGUGGAGAACUACUGCUCCUGGCCCCCAGAAGACCUCAUGCUAAGAGGAAAACGCAGGCGCCGCCGCUCCUCUUUCCUCAAAGCGACUUGGGGCAGCGAGCAGAUCCACCAGCUGGACGAGUCCCAGUCAUCCCUAUCCAGCCAGUCACCCUCCACACUUCCAGACCUGUUUCCCUGCAUCCUUACCCAGACGACACCUGCUAAGGCCUCCAACCCCGCCCACGUCCGAAACAAACUGUGCCUCCCUCGAAACCAGGCCUACCUCCACAUAAGGGAGGACCACAGGAAGCCCACCGGGCGCAAGGGCCAAAGGCUGAAAUACUCCCACUCCACUCAUCUCCCGACGUACGGCGAAGCGGUGCAGCACGGUGCUGGUCUUGGGCGAGGGAUGGUGCGGCGAGCCACUAGCUUGCUCAGCAAACAAUACACCCACUACCUGAACUCUUACCCUGGACUACCACUCUACCAUUCACCCCUGCAGCAGCACAACCCGGCCCCAGGUAGCCAGCGGGGCCCCGGCCCAGUGUGCCAGCUGCUGGCCUGCGGUGGUGGACGAUGCGGGGGUCAGAGGGCGCUUUUGUACCAGGACAGUGUGUACGGAGGCUACGGGGUCUAUCAGGGCUCUCGGACUGGGUCAGAGACUCAUGUGAGUCAAGGAGGAGUCAGCCAGCCUGCGGGGAGCCCGUGCGUGGUCCGUCCCUGGAAACGGGUCUCCAGUUUGGAGUCGGAGGUGUGAACCAGAAGGAGACAACUGACCACUGUGGAGAAGGUCAAGUCAUUAUUGUACCAGGUCUGUAGGUUCUUGUGAGUUUAAAUGGAUGUGACUGCACCUUUGCCAGGUGACCCUCCAGAACACUGUUGGAACUUGGCAAGAUUGAGCCUCUUGCUGCUUGCUUGUCCGUUUUCACGCGCUUUGAAGGUGUCCGCGGUGUCGGCGGGUGGUGGACGUAUAACCAGAGUGAUCCUGCUGUGAUUGUAGUGUAUAUAUUUCACUGUGGAUGGAUUUCAGACUUUAGUGUUGUUGACUUGAUAAAGCUGUGAGGAGAUGAAAGAGUCUUUGAAAACUGUCACCAAAAAAAAACCCAACACAAAGCAGCCAUUGUCGCGAGGCGUCAUAAUAGAACACACACAAACUAGACAUUUUGACAGAGCAGCGUUUUUCUGGGACGGCGUAAUCAGUUUGAGACAUCUGCAAAAAGAUAUCAGGUACCUUCUUUAAAGCGGCUAUCUAUUUUUGUAGCAACAUAUUAAGAUUAAAAAUUGUACUGUCACAGGCGAGACCAGAUCUGAAGGCUUGUCUUCGCGGAAGCUGUUGAUGGUAGAUUAGUCUGUUUGUUGGCAGGUUUAUGCAAAAACAGCAAAACCGAUAUCCACAGAACUUUGUAGGAAACGAGUACGAGUGAUGGACCCGUAAUUUCGGCGCAGGUCGAGGGAGUUAUUUCCUCUUGCUUUCCACCCAGAUCAGAGGAGCACUCUGUCUUCCAUGAACCAGAAAAUAGCCUGCCAGCGAGCAAACGCACCACUUAGAAAGAGACGUCGCCGGUUAGCCGCGAGCUAAUGGCUAACUAUUGUAGCAUGUAGCAGCUCGAGAGGCCGACAUUUCCCUCAGGGGGUUGACAGAGACCAAAGAGCUGAAGAAAGUCAGACUCGCAUACGUCGCUUCAUCCGUAAAUGCUAACCUGUGUAAUCUCUCUACUGCCGCCAAGUGGCCACAAAAGGAAGGCGCCGGCGUCCGAUGAACAGCGCUUACUGAAAGCAGUCCACAUGAACACAAAGUGAAGAUCUGGACAGCACUGACCAGCACAAGGUGUCUUAUUACCGAAACCACGGGCUCUCGUUCCUCGCUGGGUCUCAGCUUGGGGCCGCGGUACAGCACAGACAACACACAGGGCCUCACGAAUACGUAAACGUAUUUAAUCGAAAAUGCUAUAUCGAUGUGUUAUUUGACUGUCAUUAUUCAUGUAAUCUACUUAUGAUAGGAAUUUGUAGUCACUUUUAGACAUUUUCUAAUUUCGGGCACACGGUGUAAAGCUUGCCUAUUUGUUACUAUUGUAUUACUAACUCAGCUCUGUUUGCCUAUUAGGAUUUUCACCCCCCCACCCUCCUCUUUUCUGCUCUUUUGUAUUCCCCCCAUCGUCCUUCUGCUUUUCUGCCCCCCCCCCCCCCUUAAUUGCUUAAUGAUCAAUUUUAAAUGAGACGAUUGAGAGCUGUUAUAUUAUCUGUAUCACCCAUGGUCCCUCACCCCUGUAAUUAAUCACUUAGACCAAUUAAAGAGCCUUUUUGGAUGAAUACA